CUGAACGAAAAGUGCGCACACUUAUGAAAAAAACAGAACACGAUUAAGCAGGCGGACAACGGACAUGUACGGUAUCCAUUAACUUAGAGAAACCUUUCAGCGUGUACGAAAAAGGAGACUGCCCUUUUAAGGUAUGGAAUCUGUGGCAAAGAAACUUCCUGAGAAAGUGAAAGAAAAAUUGCCUGUGACUGGCCCAUACUCAGUUACAGUGAAAGAGCUCAUGGUGUGGUAUUGUAACUAUACCAACACACACGGAUGUCGCAGGAUUGUUGUUUCCAGAGGAAGGCUUCGACGAUGGAUUUGGACUGUCUUGACGCUGUCAGCAGUGGCUUUGAUUUCAUGGCAGUGUGCCCUGCUCAUUCAAACCUAUUACUCUUCCAGUGUUUCCGUCACCGUGCAGUUCCAGACUCUCACCUUCCCUGCUGUUACUGUUUGCAACCUCAACCCACUAAGGUAUAGUGCAACAAAGCAGCUAUUAACAGAGCUGGAUGGACAAGCUGAAAGGGCCUUGCAAGAGUUGUACAGCCAUAAAGAGCCCACUGAAAACAGGAAACGUCGUGGUCUUGUAACAGAUAAGCAUGCUGAAGAUGGUCAAGUGGUCUCCAAUCUCUUGAAGGAUAUCCCACUUUUCUGGCUUGACAAGACAAAAUUUUCUGCAGCUCUUGCUCCAAACUAUAGAAAACGCACAUAUCCUGAAAAGUUUCUUUCCAAAUCUGGCAGUCACUUACGUUUUCAUGAAGCACAGAGGCAAGCAGGCUUCCAGCUUUGCAACUCUACCAAUAUAACUGACUGUGUAGUGUAUGCCUUUGACACGGGAAUAAAUGCAGUUCAAGAGUGGUACUGGCUACACUUCAACAACAUCAUCGCACAGCAGUCUCUGGAAACACUUGUGAAAAUGGGUUAUUCUGCUGAGGAAUUUAUUUCAACUUGCACUUUCAACGGGGCUAUGUGCAGUUCAAGGAAUUUUACACAGAGUUACCACCCCACACUUGGAAACUGCUACACUUUCAACAGUGGAUAUGAUGGAGAAAUUAUACAGUCUUCGACAGCAGGCAGCAAAAAUGGUCUCAUUGUGGUCUUGAAUCUUGGCCUAGAGGACUAUAAUCCAUUUCUGUCCAGUUCAGAAGGAGCUAUAAUUAUGAUUCACAAUCAAAAUGAACAUCCUUUCAUUGAAGAUCUUGGAAUAAUGAUACAGAUGGCAAAAGAAACCUCGAUUGGGCUUCAGUUUAUGGAAUCCCACAAGCUUGGUGAACCAUACAGCAGCUGCACAGAAGAUGGCACUGAUGUUUCCGUCAAUAAUCUGUAUAAUAAAACAUACUCACUCCAGGUGUGUCUUCAUUCCUGCUUUCAGAAGGAAAUGACUUUACAAUGUGGCUGUGCUCAUUUUCACUACCCACUGCCUGCCGAAGCACAAUACUGCAACUAUAAUGCUUUCCCAGACUGGAUGGUCUGCUAUUCCAAACUACAUGCAAAGUUUCUGCAAGAGGAGCUGAAUUGUCAGAAAACAUGUAAAGGAACAUGCCAUACUAAAGAAUGGAUCUUGACAGAAAGUGUGGCACAGUGGCCAUCAGUAAACUCUGAGAAGUGGGUCCUUCAGACUUUAGGGCUUGGAAAUGGACUUAAAAAGAAGCAAAACAUUAGCAAGGAGAAUUUUGCUAAAUUUUCAAUUUUCUAUAAAGACUUGAACUUGAAGACAAUUACAGAAAGUCCACUUAACAAUAUUGUGACAUUAUUAUCCAAUGUUGGAGGGCAACUUGGACUCUGGCUUAGCUGCUCUAUAGUCUGUGUCAUUGAAAUCAUUGAGGUUUUCUUCUUGGAUGCACCUUGGAUUCUUGUUCGCCAGAUCAUAAGGCGUUGUCAGAGCAGAUAUCGGGAAAGACAGCAGAGACCCGUACUUCCAACUGUCUCUGGUGGCAUUCCUGUAGAUGAAGACCCACCCACAUUCAAUACCGCCCUGCGGCUCCCUCAGCCCAAUCUCCUUGAAGUUCCCAAGACCCCUCCACCAAACUACAACACACUAAGGAUACAUAAUGUCUUUUCCCACAUGAAUGAUGAAGAUGAGCAUGAUACAAUUACUCCAAUAGAUGACAGCACUGUGCAUGGCAAUACAAUGACCAUAAGUCAAAGAAGAAGAAAAGAAAAUCCAUUUCUUAUCAUGUAACUACUGAAGCAUUGAAUGAAAAUUUGUCUCGUAUUUAAUAUUUUGUAACCAUAAAGGCACUUGCAGGCCAUUAGCUUUUUCCUUCAAUAAAUGCUUUACACUGAUGUACAGUUGACAA